AUGUGUGUGUGUACCACUAAACCAUAAUCGUUGUUGUCUGUAUUGGUUGUCGUUAAGGCAGAGCAGAGGGUUAUUCUCUCUGUUUGGCUUACUCGGAAAUUGCCCCUUUGUUUCGGCUAUCUUUAAUUAAAUAUUUCAAUACAAAUUGUAUAUUCCAGUGCAAGUAGAUACAUCAUAUCUUCCCAUUGCAUGUGUGAGUGAGUGUGCGCGCGCGAGUGAGUGAGUGGGAAGUACAUAAACUGUAACUAAACAAAGAUGUUGUACUUUACAACAAUAUUUAAAGUGCGACGUUUGCAACCUCUCUCUUUCUUGCCCUUUCUUACACCACCUCCGGGUGACGUAGCGCUGUUGCUGCUGCUCUACUUUCACACUGCUCGCGGAGUACGUACGCUCUCACAAAAAGCAGUGCUGAGAGAGGGAGAGAGCGUCGGAGCGAAUUAGAGAGAGAGUGGCAUUAGAAGAGAGAGGGAAGCGACUGUUCGCUCAACCAUUGGUGGCCACUUUUGUUUGGGUUAUGCUUUGGCUGUUGCUGUUGCUCCAGCUGUUGACGAAGGCGUCUGUCUGCUCGCAGUGCUGUUGGCCUCCACUCCGCUCCGCACCGCGUCUAAUUCGAUUCCCGUUCUUCCGCAAAAAUAAGACAAAAAGCAAGAGAAAAUGAGCUGGCAAUUGCACAAGCCUCAAAACUAAGCAGUUGAAACAUCAGCCAUCACACCAACGGGACAGUAACAACCGCAAGAGAAGUGGAAGCAAGCAGUAGAAGCAGAAACAUCGAAGACAGCAAUUUGCCACGACAAUGCCACCGCACAAGUGGACGGACGAGACGCGCGACGCCUCCUGCUACUACGCGGACGCGGAUGAUGCUGCCAACAGGCGGCACCCCUCCUCCUCCUCCCUCGACGACGACGACGACGAUGAUGAUGCCGACGACGAGCAGGAGGCGUUCUGCGCUGGCGACAGGCCGCUCAUUAGGGGCGGCGGCGGUGGCGUUGGCGGUGCGGCCGCAGCGGGGGUCGAGGGCCGUGAUAGCUGCGGCCUGAAGACACGCCACAUUUUCGGCCUGAUGGGAUUCCUGGGCUUCGCCGUGGUCUAUGCCAUGCGGGUGAACCUGUCGGUGGCGAUUGUGGCCAUGGUCAACCAGACGGCGAUUCCGCACAGCAACGGGUCUGUGGUGGACGAUGACACGUGCCCCAUGCCGGAGCCGGGGCGCAACGACAGCGGCCACCGGAUGCCCGAGGGCGAGUUCGUCUGGGACGAGGCCACCCAGGGCCUGGUGCUGGGCAGCUUCUUCUACGGCUACGUGCUCACCCAAGUGCCGGGCGGACGCAUGGCCGAGCUGAUUGGUGGAAAACUGAUCUACGGCUACGGUGUGCUGGUCACGGCCAUCUUCACGCUCCUCACGCCGCUGGCGGCACGCUGGGACCUGCCGCUGCUCAUCCUGGUGCGCAUACUCGAGGGCAUGGGCGAGGGCGUCACAUAUCCGGCCAUGCACGCAAUGCUGGCCCACUGGAUACCGCCGUUGGAGCGCAACAAGUUUGCGGCAAUCGUCUAUGCUGGCUCGAACAUCGGCACCGUGAUCUCCAUGCCCCUGGCCGGAUGGCUCUGCUCGCUGGACUUUCUCGGCGGCUGGCCCUCGGCCUUCUACAUCUUUGGGCUGCUGGGCAUCCUGUGGUUCGUCUGCUGGAUGUAUCUGGUGUACGACAGGCCCAGCCUGCAUCCGCGCAUCUCCAUCAAGGAGCGGGAGUACAUCGAGAGGAGUCUUCGCACUCAGUCGCUGAUCAGCCAGAAUGCAGACGAGGAGGAAGAUGAGGAAGAGGACGAUGGCAACGGGGAUGCUGGCGUUCGGCUGCGACAUGGAGACAUGGAUGAGAACAUACCCUGGCGCUCGCUGCUCACAUCGGUGCCGCUGUGGGCCAUUCUGCUGACGCAGUGCGGCCAGGGCUGGGCCUUCUACACGCAGCUGACGGAGCUGCCCACCUACAUGAGCAACAUCCUGCACUUUGACAUCCAGUCGAAUGCCCUGCUCAACGCUGUGCCCUACCUGACCGCCUGGUUCGUGGGCAUCGCCUGCUCCGCCCUGGCCGACUGGAUGCUGGCCCGGCGCUACAUCUCGCUGCUCAACUCCUACAAGCUGUGGAACACGGUGGCCUCCGUCGUGCCAUCGCUGGGCCUCAUUGGCAUCAUCUACGUGGGCUGCGACUGGGUGUGGGUCACCUUCAUGCUGGCGGGCGUCGGCUCCUUUGGCGGCGCCGUCUACGCCGGCAAUCAGAUGAAUCACAUUGCCCUGAGUCCACGCUACGCGGGCACCAUGUAUGGCAUCACCAAUUCGGCGGCCAAUAUCUGCGGCUUCCUCGCCCCCUAUGUCAUCGGGCUGAUCAUCAAUCACCGCGAGACCCUCACCCAGUGGCACAUUGUCUUCUGGCUGGCCGCGGCCCUCAACAUUGGCGGCAACUUUAUCUAUCUAAUCUUUGCCAGUGCCGAGGAGCAGAGCUGGUCGCGCUCCGGUCGUCGUCGCAGCUCACUCAGUGCCUCACUGCGCACUUAGCGGCAAUUCCGGCGCCAGGUAGAGCGCCUUGUACCUAAGGAGAGCAUCGCUAUGCAGCUGGAGAAUAAGCAUGUGUGAUAAUUCCAAUCCAGGCAGAACUUACGUAUUGGAAUGUGCAAUUAUAUCUGUAUAUGUCUAUAGUUUAUAGGAAAGUAUUGUUGUAGCUUCCAAACCGAAAACUCCAGUGCUACCAGGGGGAGCCAAACGGCUCCUCCAACUCCUCCUUCUUGAUGUUGACUGUUUUAACGAUAAUUGGUGUAUCCUUUUAUAUGGAAUAUUGUUUUAUGUACAUUAACUAUAAUCGUUAGAAUGCAACUAUACACAUCCUGUACACAGCGUAGAACUAAUUUUGAUGUAAGACAUGUGUAUGCCUAGUAGCUAAGUCUGUGACGAAUGGAUAUUGCUGUCAGAAUAAAACUGCACAAACAUAUCGUAGACAUUA